AUGUUACAGGUAUUUUCGAUCAAGAUGAAAUUUGUAGAGAUUGUGGCUAUCUCCGUUGGCUCGGAAAUGUCUUCACAACAGCAUUCAAGGACUAUGGAGAAGCUCUCAGAAGAUGCUUUAUCAAACAUAUUCAUCUGGCUAUUCCCAAAGUAUGGGGUGCCCGAAUCAUGGGUCAAACAUCAGGCGUUUUCCCAGUUUAGUGGUGAUAUUUUACCGUAUGAAUUCACUUCCCAAAAUGAGUUUCUUUUUGAAUCUAAAGAUAGUAGUGCCUAUGUUGUUUCAGUGGUUUGUGCUUUUAUGUCCCUUUGGUAUGUAUGCUCCACCAAUUCUUUAUCCCUUAACUUACAAAUAUAG